UGAGCUCCAGGUCUGUCUAUCAUUGACACCAAGAAGAUAAAGCUACACUAUGAUUGUCUGCACACUAGAAUAAAAAAAACAUUUAAGGUCCCAUUAAAAAAAUGAUCUCACUGUUUGUGUCUUGAUCUGAUCAUUAUUUAACUGCACCGCUUAUAAGAAUCAAUGGUGAUAUCACAUCAGUUCAACUUCUUCUGGGUUUUCCGGCCGAGAAAAUGGGUUCGGAAUCGGAAAAAAUAUCGAGAAACGAUCUUGUUUUUGCUGUGAAUGGGAGGCGAUUUCAGGUUCCGAGCCUCGACCCUUCGACUACGCUGCUCGAGUUCUUGCGAUCACAAACCCCUUUCAAGAGUGUCAAGCUCAGUUGCGGUGAAGGUGGGUGUGGUGCUUGUACAGUGUUGCUGUCCAAGUAUGAUCCAGUGUUGGACCAAGUUGAGGAUUUUACAGUGAGUGCAUGUUUAACACUGGUUUGCAGUAUACAUGGAUGUUCAGUUACAACAAGUGAAGGCCUUGGUAAUAACAAAAAUGGGUUCCACUCUAUUCACCAAAGAUUUGCAGGAUUCCAUGCUUCUCAAUGUGGUUUUUGUACUCCUGGAAUGUGUAUGUCACUGUUUGGAGCCCUUGCCAAAGCUAACAAGUCUGAUCGGCCAGAACCCCCUCCGGGAUUCUCCAAGCUGACUGCCAUUGAGGCUCAAAAGGCUAUAUCGGGAAAUCUUUGUCGCUGUACUGGAUAUCGACCCAUUUCUGAUGCUUGUAAGAGUUUUGCAUCUGAUGUUGAUAUUGAGGACUUGGGAUGUAACUCUUUCUGGAACAAGGAAGAUACUCAGGAAAUGAAGAUAAGCAGACUACCGGUAUAUAACCAUAAUCAUGAUAUUUGUACUUUCCCUGAGUUUUUGAAAGAAGAAGUCAAAUCUUCCUUGCUUUUAGAUUCCGAAAGGUACUCUUGGCACAAACCUGCAAGCGUUGAGGAGUAUCAGAUGUUAUUAAAAGCUGCUGAUGCAGAUGGAGUGCGAAUAAAACCAGUAGUUGCGAAUACUUCUGUGAGUUACUAUCGGGAACUUGAAAACUAUGAAAAAUACAUCAAUCUUGCACAUAUUCCCGAGCUUUCAGUUAUUAAAAGAGACGACUCUGGAAUUGAAAUCGGGGCUGGUGCGACUAUUUCUAAAGCUAUUGAAGCCUUGAAGGGAAAAAAGGAAGGUGAAUACAUCUCAGAAUGUGACAUGGUAUUUAAAAAAAUAGCCAUACAUAUGGAGAAAAUUGCUUCUGAAUUUGUUCGGAAUUUAGGAAGUGUAGGGGGAAAUUUGAUGAUGGCACAAAGGAAACAUUUUCCUUCAGAUAUUGCUACAAUACUUCUAGCAGCUGGUUCAUCAGUUCAUAUAAUUACUGGUACCACACAUGAAAAGCUUACCUUGGAGGAUUUUCUAGAAAGACCUCCCUUGGAGUCCAAAAGUCUGCUCUUGAGUGUUAAAAUCCCAAAUUGUGAAUCAGGAAACAGCAUUUCUCCUGGAAGACGUGGUAAGUUGUUUUUUGAAACCUUUCGAGCUGCCCCACGACCCCUUGGAAAUGCCCUGCCCUAUCUACAGGCUGCUUUCUUGGCUGAAGUUUCAGACAUCAAAUCAUCUGGUGGAUCUGUGUUAAGUAGAUGUCAUUUGGCUUUUGGUGCUUUUGGAACUGAACAUGCAAUACGGGCAAGAAACGUUGAGGAAUUUUUAACCGGAAAAAUGCUAACUGUUGCUGUUCUUUAUGAAGCUAUUAAAUUGGUUAAAGCUUCUGUGAUACCUGAAGAUGGGACUACAUAUCCUGCUUAUCGGUUGAGUUUGGCUGUUAGUCUUCUUUUUAAGUUUUUUAGCCCCUUAUUGGAAAGCUAUUCUAAUGGUUGGUUGAAUGGACAUAUCGAUACGUCAAUGUUUGAAGGUGCAAAAUUAAAGCAGAAUUGUGACUGGAUGGACCCUGUAAAAUUUCCCACUUUGCCAUCAUCAUCAAAGCAGGUCAUCCAAAUAAGCAAAGAAUAUCAUCCCGUUGGUGAGGCAGUUGCAAAGUCUGGAGCUGCUCUUCAAGCUUCUGGUGAAGCUGUUUUUGUGGAUGACAUUCCCUCUCCUAAGAAUUGUCUACAUGGAGCUUUUGUUUAUAGCACGAAGCCUUUUGCACGGGUAAAGGGUGUAGAAUUCCAGUCGAACUCACUUCCAGAUGGAGUCAGUGCACUUAUUUCUUUUACAGACAUUCCAGAAGGUGGGCAGAACAUAGGUUCUAAAACCAUGUUUGGUCCUGAACCUUUGUUUGCUGAUGAAUUUACUCAGUGUUGCGGACAGCGUCUUGCACUUGUGGUUGCAGAUUCACAAAAACGUGCAGAUAUAGCAUCAAACAUGGCAAUGGUUGAUUAUGAUAUGGAAAAUUUAGCUGCUCCAAUUUUAACUGUAGAAGAUGCUGUGAAGAGAGGCAGCGUUUUUGAAGUGCCUCCUGUUUUCUGCCCCAAACACGUUGGUGAUAACUUAAAGGGAAUGGCUGAAGCUGAUCACAAGAUUCUCCAUGCAGAGAUAAAACUCGGCUCUCAAUAUUAUUUCUAUAUGGAGAAUCAAACUGCUCUUGCUGUGCCUGAUGAAGACGAUUGCAUAGUAGUUUACAGUUCAAUUCAAUGCCCUGAGUCUACACAUGCUGUGAUUGCAAGAUGUCUUGGUGUUCCUGAACAUAAUGUACGUGUAAUCACAAGAAGAGUUGGUGGAGGCUUUGGUGGGAAGGGCCAAAAAGCCAUGCCUGUUGCUACAGCAUGUGCCCUUGCAGCACACAAGUUACAGCGCCCUGUUAGGAUUUAUUUCAAUCGUAAAACUGACAUGAUAAUGGCAGGAGGAAGGCAUCCUAUGAAAAUAACUUACAGUGUAGGAUACAAAUCGAAUGGGAAAGUUACUGCCUUACAUGUGGAAAUACUGGUCGAUGCAGGCAUAUUCCCAGAUUGGAGUCCUAUAAUGCCGAUCAACAUAGUAAGUACACUGAAAAAGUACAACUGGGGUGCAUUAUCUUUUGAUAUAAAGGUAUGCAAAACAAAUAUGCCUAGUAGAUCAGCAAUGCGAGCCCCUGGACAAGUUCAAGGAUCAUUUAUUGCAGAAGCUAUAAUUGAAGAUGUAGCAUCUGCUCUUUCCAUGGAUGCCGAUAUUGUGCGAGCCGUAAAUUUUCACACAUAUGAUAGCCUUAAAGUAUUCUUUGAAGAUAGUGCUGGACAGCAUCUGGAAUAUACAUUGACCUCGAUAUGGGACAAGUUAGCAAUGUCAGCCAACUUUUACCAGAGAACUGAAAUGAUAAAAGAAUUUAAUAAGUGUAAUAUAUGGAAGAAAAGAGGUAUAUCUCGAAUACCUAUUAUACAUGAAGUGAUGCUGAGGCCAACUCCUGGAAAAGUUGGCAUUCUAAGUGACGGGUCCAUUGUUGUGGAAGUUGGAGGAAUAGAGCUGGGCCAGGGGCUCUACACAAAAGUAAAGCAGAUGGCUGCAUUUGGUCUUAGCGCAGUCGGAUGUGAUGGAGCAGGAGAUCUCCUAAAUAGAGUACGGGUUAUACAGUCUGACACUUUGAGUUUAAUUCAAGGUGGGUUUACUGAUGGGAGCACUACAUCCGAAUCAAGCUGUGAAGCAGUUAGGCUUGCCUGUAGAACCUUGGUUGACAGGCUCAUACCUCUAAACAAAAGGCUGCAGGAGCAAAUGGGUUCUAUAAGAUGGGAGAUGCUUAUUCACCAGGCUUAUGAGGAAUCGGUUAACUUAUCUGCAAGUUCUUACUUUGUCCCUGAGGUUGAUUCCCUGCUAUACUUAAACUACGGUGCUGCAGUGAGCGAGGUGGAGAUAGACCUUCUGACAGGCGAAACAACAAUUUUGAGAUCAGACAUUAUCUAUGACUGUGGACAAAGUCUCAACCCUGCAGUAGAUUUAGGACAGAUCGAAGGAGCUUUUGUCCAAGGAAUUGGAUUUUUCAUGCUUGAAGAGUACACAACAGACUCGGACGGAUUGACGAUUCAGUCAGGCACAUGGAAUUACAAGAUCCCUACUUUAGACACCAUACCAAAACACUUCAAUGUGGAAAUACUUAGCAGCGGACAUCAUCAAAAUCGUGUUCUCUCUUCAAAAGCAUCUGGCGAGCCCCCAUUGCUUUUAGCAGGCUCCAUUCACUGUGCUACAAGAGCUGUUAUUAAAGAUGCUCGGAGCCAGCUUAAUUCAUGGGGUUGUGGAGAUGAAAUGAACUCAACAUUCCACUUGGAGGUUCCUGCCAUCAUGCCGGUUGUCAAGAAGCUCUGUGGGUUGGAUUGUGUGGAGAGAUACUUGCAGUGGAAAAUGAAAUGAGCGGACCUAUCUAAGCUUAACUGCUGAAUUGGUUAGAUUUUGUAACAUAAAUAAAUAAUCUUGGAGCAGCUUUCAACUCCGAAAAUGGAGGUACGAGACUCAACUCUAUUCUAGGCUUUGCCUUGUUUGAAAUAAAUCAUGUGUAACAACUGAAUGUGUUACAAUAUCAUGUCUUUUAUAGUGCUUUGUUUUCCGAGUUUCAAACUCUAGUCGGUGAUUUGUGUUUUCAGUUGCUGUCCUCAUACCAGGAACAAGAAGAAUGAAGAGUAACCAUUCAUUCUUAUCACCAUUGUUGUGAAAUCUAUAAUUAUCUUUGCACAGCGGAAGUGUGUUACCUGCUGUGACCGGCGUUAGGAAGUUGAAGUGUGCAAUUUGUACUAUACUAUAAUUCUGAGCUACCAAUUAAUUUUAAUACAAUUUAGACAUGUGGAGUUUCCUAA